GAACCCAGCGCGGCGAUGUCAGGGCCGGCGGGGGACAGGCCCGGGGCGGCCGAGACCCCGAUCUUGGGCGCGCUGCGGGGCCACCGUGUCUAUGCGCGCCGCUGGGUCUUCCUGCUGGUACUCAGCCUGCUCAGCUGCUCCAACGCCACGCUGUGGCUCAGCUUCGCGCCUGUGGCUGACAGGAUCGUCCAGUACUUCCACCUCUCCACUGAGCAGAUCAACUGGCUCUCGCUGGUCUACCUUGCAGUGUCCAUCCCAUUCGGCGUGGUGGCCAUUUGGGUUCUGGACUUUGUCGGGCUCCGCUGGGCGACCAUCCUGUGUGCAUGGCUGAACUUUGCUGGGAGUGUGAUCCGCAGCCUGUACUGCAUGGACAUCGGGACCCAGGACCCAUUUGCCUUCCUCAUGGGUGGGCAGAGCCUCUGUGCCCUGGCCCAGACCCUGGUCAUCUUCUCUCCAGCCAAGCUGGCUGCCUUGUGGUUCCCCGAGCACCAGCGAGCCACAGCCAACAUGAUCGGCACCAUGUCAAACCCCCUGGGCAUCCUGGUGGCCAACCUGCUGUCACCCGCCCUGGUGAAGAAGGAGGAGGAUAUCCCCUUAAUGCUGGGCAUCUACAUCAUCCCUGCUGGCCUCGCCUGCCUGCUGGCCACUGCGUGCCUCUGGGAGAGCGUGCCCCCCACCCCGCCUUCUGCUGGGGCUGCCUGCUCCACCUCGGAGAAGUUCCUGGAUGGGCUGAAGCUGCUUGUGCGGAACAAGGCCUACGUCAUCCUGGCUGUGUGCUUCGGGGGUGGCAUCGGCGUCUUCUCCAGCUUCUCAGCCCUUCUGGAACAGGUCCUCUGUGUGAAGGGCUACUCCAAUGAAUUUGCGGGCUUCUGUGAGUCUCUCUUCAUCGAAUUUGGGGUGCUGGGGGCACUGGUUCUCAGCCUGUACGUGGACCGGACCAAGCAUUUCACUGGAGCCCUCAAGAUCGGCCUCUGUCUGACCUCCAUGGUGUCCCAACUUCAGGGACAGACUGUUGCUCUGGCUGUCAUCUGCUCACUGUUUGGGCUCUUUGGCUUCUCUGUGGCACCCGUAGCGAUGGAGCUGGCGGUCGAGUGUUCCUUCCCAGUGGGUGAGGGUGCGGCCGCGGGCCUGAUCUUCGUGCUGGGGCAGGCCGAGGGUGUGCUCAUCAUGGUGCUGCUGACAGCCCUGACCGUGCGUCGUGCAGAGCCGUCCUUCUCCACCUGCCAGGAUGGCCAGGGCCCACUGGACUGGAAGGUGUCCGUGCUGCUGAUGGCUGGUCUGUGCACCCUCUUCACCUGCUUUUUGGUGUUCUUCUUCCAUACCCCGUACCGGCGCCUGGAGGCCGAGGCCAGCGCUAGCCCCUCCAUCCAGGAGGACGUGUGCCCGGCAGUCGAGGACCACACACCCCACCUGGCAGCCAUGCCUGAGGCUCUGCGUUGGGACCCCAUGACCCCCAGCACAGAUGCUGCAGGAAGCUCAGGGGCAGCUCAUUCCUAGAGCCUGCUCUCCUGACCCUGCCUUCCUCCUCCUGGGAGCCCCGAGCCCCCAGAACCCCCAGGAUUUGCAGAGAAGUCACAAGAGAUCCAGCAGAGGUCCAGAGGCCAAGGGAGCAGUUGGUCUGUCGAGAAGACGCCUGGGGACGUGAAGGGGAGGCCGGGAGAGGCCGGCCCUGGUCAUCUCGGCUGUGCCAGCAUGGCUGAGCCUGGGACAGGGUGUCAGCAUCCUGCAGAUGCCACAAGGACUUGGGGUCCUCGGCACACCCAUGGCAUGGCAGAGUGGCCCAGGAGGACCUUAUGGCUGUAGCAAGAAGAGCUGCUGCUGUGUGGACAAGCAGCCACUGACCAGGCAGGAUGCCCCAGUGGUCAGGCCAGACCCAGGGUGGCAAGUGCAGGGGCAGUGUAUGGGGGGGUAUGAGGGGCAUGGGCUGAGGGGGAGCUGGAUGGGUUGAGGGUCCUGAGGGCCCCCAGCAUGGAUGAGUCUGGAGUGGACAGGUGGAGGAAGGCCUUCCUUGAAGGAGCCCAUCCCAGAGCGUCUCUCAACCUCUGCUGACCACUGAGUGACCAGACCCCCAGCCUGGGUGCUAGGACAGGUGUGGGGGGCAGGUGGGGCCAGGCUGGGCUGGGAGGGUGAAGCAGAUGGAGGGCCCCAGAGGCAGACACUCACCCUGCAGACCCUCCCACUCCCAGGUGGACACCUCCUCCUCCCCCCACAGAUACUCGCAGGCAGGUUUGUGGGUUCAUGUUUAUUGAACUGGCCGCAGCCCAGGUGGGGGCGGGGGACACCCCUCACUCCUUCUCCUCCCCGUGGGUGAUCACGUAGCUCAGUGCCUUGUAGUCCAGGCUGCCCAUAGCAUCCACGGUCGCAAACUGGAACAUCUGGUUGACCUAUGAGCAGGUUUGAUGGGGGAGUCAGGCCCAGGCAAGAGGGAGGGAGCAAAAGGGUCCCCAAGGUGGCAGCUGGCAAGUGAAUUACAGGCCCUGAACUCCA